AUGCAGACCCUGUUCAAUUUACAGCAAACUGAAAGACAAACCAGAUGCCAAACCUCUUCAGAUUACGAAAGGAGGAGAGAUACGGUUCGAAAACGUAUCAUUCCAGUACUCGUCAUCAGGCAUGAUUUUCAAAGAUCUUUCAUUUGUGAUUCCGGCGGGGAAAAAAGUAGCCUUGAUAUCCGGGAUGUCACUUUGGCUAGUCUUCGGUCUCACAUUGGGAUCGUGCCACAGGACCCGAGUCUUUUCAACUCAGAUGUAAUGCACAACAUCCGAUAUGGCAGGCUUGGAGCGUCCGAUGAAGAAGUCCAAAAAGUCGCCCGACUAGCUAAGCUCGACCGAUCGAUCGAGAAAUGGCCCUCUGGUUGGAACUCGCUGGUCGGGGAAAGCGGUCUCAUGAUUAGUGGUGGGGAACGCCAGAGGUUAGCAAUCGCACGCUCGAUGCUCAAAGAUCCCUCGAUCCUCUUCUUUGAUGAAGCCACUUCCGCUCUGGAUGUUUAUACUGAACAAGAACUGAUUCGGAAUAUCGGAGAAAACUUACUCAAUAAACACCGCACCAGUGUCUUUAUUGCACACAGAUUAAAAACCAUCGCAGAUGCCGAUUUGAUCAUUGUACUGAAUGAUGGGAAGGUAGUUGAACAAGGAAAUCACAAAGAGCUAAUGAACAUCGAAAAUGGAACUAGAGGCAUGUGGCUCAGUCAAUCCGCCACGCCUACCGCAAAUUCGAAAGGAAACGUGGAUAAUCAGAUCACAUCGACGUAG